AUGGCCGGAAGAAAGAAAUGCAUGGACAUCCAUGCAGCUCUGAAUCCUCUGAUUAUGAUCACAACGAUUCUCCUUACUGCAACGAUUGCCAUGGCCGGUGAUGACGCUGUCGUACCAGCCCAAAAAUCCGAACUGGACAAGUGGUUCAAUGACAUUGUGAAGCCAUUCGAACAACAUAAGUCCUCGCUUGACUCUGACCUUGCCAAGGCGGAGGAUGGAGCCAAUAAAGUUGUGAAGGUCAUGCAAAGUGGGGGAGACUUCAAGACAGUCACGGAGGCCAUCAAUAGCAUUCCGGCCGGUAACACUAAACGUGUGAUUAUAUACAUUGGAGGGGGUACCUACAAUGAGAAAAUAACAAUUCCGAAAGACAAACCAUUUGUCACAUUAGUUGGGGAUUCAAAGAACAUGCCGAAGUUGACAUUUAAUGGUGAUGCUGCCAAAUAUGGGACGGUGGAUAGUGGUACAUUGACGGUGUUAUCCGAUUACUUCGUCGGGGCCAACUUAAACAUCAUAAAUUCCUCGCCAAGGCCCGAUGGAAAACGAGAGGGUGCACAAGCAGUUGCCCUGAGGUUGUCCGGGACCAAGGCCGCAAUGUAUAACUGCAAAAUGAUUGGAUUCCAGGACACUAUUUGUGAUGAUAGAGGAUAUCAUUUCUUCAAGGAUUGCUACGUUGAAGGAACUGUGGAUUUUAUUUUUGGAAGCGGGAAAUCUCUCUAUUUGAGCACACAGUUAAAUGUAUUAGGAGAUACCGGAAUGACUGCAAUAACGGCUCAGGCAAGAGAUGCUAAAACAGAAGACACCGGAUACUCAUUUGUUCACUGCAACAUAACCGGAACCGGCAAGGGCACAUUUUUAGGCAGGGCAUGGAGGGCUAGUCCUCAGGUGGUGUAUGCCUACACCUCCAUGGGAGACGUCAUCAGUCCAGAAGGAUGGACCGACAAUAAACACCCUGAAUAUGACAACUCUGUUAAUUUUGGAGAGUACAAGUGUAUUGGUCCAGGUUCAAGCAUGAGCAAGAGAGUGAAAUUCACAAAAGAGCUGAGUGAUGCAGAUGCCAAACCUUACAUCAGCCUUGGCUUUAUUGAGGGUUCCAAAUGGUUGCUUCCUCCUCCAAAUCCAAAGGUGUAA